UCCACUUUCUUUUUCUCCCAAAGAAAGAUAUUUCAAGAUGCCUGAGCCCGCGAAGUCCGCUCCCGCCCCGAAGAAGGGCUCCAAGAAGGCCGUGACCAAGGCCCAGAAGAAGGACGGCAAGAAGCGCAAGCGCAGCCGCAAGGAGAGCUACUCGGUGUACGUGUACAAGGUGCUGAAGCAGGUGCACCCCGACACGGGCAUCUCGUCCAAGGCCAUGGGCAUCAUGAACUCGUUCGUCAACGACAUCUUCGAGCGCAUCGCGAGCGAGGCGUCGCGCCUGGCGCAUUACAACAAGCGCUCGACCAUCACGUCCCGGGAGAUCCAGACGGCCGUGCGCCUGCUGCUGCCCGGGGAGCUGGCCAAGCACGCCGUGUCCGAGGGCACCAAGGCCGUCACCAAGUACACCAGCUCCAAGUGAGCGGCGGACCUCACCGAAACCCAAAGGCUCUUUUCAGAGCCACCCAACAGUUCACAAUUAAGAGCUUUGCACUUCCUGUGGCAGCAGCCAACCCUCUUUACACGAAUCUCCUGUUUUUCAUGCGACAGUGUUCGUAUCCCUCACUUCCUGCUAUCAACGCAGGCUCCUUGAGUCUUAGGCACUCUGUUGCAACUAGAGAAGAUAUUGGAACAAUGGCCCCGGAACGAUUCAUUUUCAGCAUCUCAUGCUAGGUAAACGUUAGUUUUAACCCUGGUGGCUGCCGAUGGUGGAACACCAGGAAGGGAUCUCGGAGCGACCUGACCGAACGCCCGUAUUUCCGGGCUUUUGUUUUUUAAGUAUUCCUGGGAAAUUCACACUGGCACAGGAAGGCGGAGUGAAACCGUGGGUUUACCACCCGGGUUAGCUGAACUACAUAAUUCCAUUUUUCUUACCAGUGUCCUAAUUUCGUUCAAAACGCAAGCUUGUUAAUUCGGUGCCUGUUAACCGGCUCUUGGUGACGCUCGGGUCGCCAUUUUAUGCGGCGCCG